CGCAAACGCCCCCUCGGAGUGGACGGACGAUUCAAACAAGACAAACGCGUCAAUCCUCUGUCUAGCUUACGGAACGACCGUCUUAUCGGGCUCAUCACAACAUAACCCGCGUUGCCUUAUUUGUGUAGCAAAGCAGAGAGUGCGGAGAACGAGCGAGCGUCAUCGAGAGAAGGGAGAUUGUACUAUCGUUCCCUGGUGGUGUUUUGUUCGAUUCCUUUCCGGCAUCUUUGCUGCUACUGCUACUAGGCGAUUAUUGCAACGCCGUAUCCCUCCAAGAAAAAAACCAUAUUCCGAAUAUGGCCGACGCAGAGAAGCACCGCGAUAGUCUAUCCCUAGAACCACACGACUACGAAAAAGUCGGCCUUUUGGCACAACAACAACAAAAACAGCAGCACGACAUCGAGUCCCAAGCAGCAAUCGAGACUCCGCACGAAUACCAGGCUUCAUCAACGAAAAAAUUCCUCUGCUUGGCGCUAUACUUUGCCCUCAAUUUGGGCGUAACUCUUUCGAACAAGGCAGUUUUACAAUCAGCACAAUACCCUUGGCUCCUCACAGCUGUGCAUGCGACGACGACAUCAUUCGGAUGCUUCAUUUUAAGGCGAUUAGGAGUUUUCCAUUGCACGAAAUUGAGCUCGAGAGAUAAUUUGAAAUUGGUGGCUUUUUCGUGUUUGUUUACGGCGAAUAUUGCUACUAGCAAUGUUUCUCUCGGCCUCGUCUCCGUCCCCUUCCACCAAGUCCUCCGCUCCACCGUCCCCAUCGUGACCAUCCUGAUCUACCGCUGGAUCUACAACCGCCACUACACGCGUCAAAUCUACUUAACCAUGAUCCCCCUCAUCAGCGGCGUCAGCCUCGCGACUUUCGGAGACUAUUAUUUCACUCCGACAGGUUUCGCUCUGACUUUCACGGGCGUACUCCUCGCAGCCAUCAAAUCCAUCUCGAGCAAUCGCAUGAUGACGGGGACGUUGCAUCUCUCUGCUUUGGAAAUUUUAUAUCGCAUGUCUCCGCUUGCUGCGGCGCAGAGUUUGGUUUGUGCGGGCAUGAUUGGAGAGGUUGGGGAUGCGCGGAGGGAGUUUUUUGCGAGUGGUGGGAGAUUGUUUAUGACUGAAAAGGGAAACGGGUUUGUGAUGAUGCUGGUUUUGAAUGCUUUGAUGGCGUUCAUGUUGAAUGGGAUUUCGUUUUAUACGAAUAAAAUUGCGGGCGCGUUGACGAUUUCGGUAUGUGCGAAUUUGAAGCAGAUUUUGACCAUUUUGUUGGGUAUUGUGUUGUUUCGUGUGCAUGUCACGCCGGUGCAUGGGUUGGGUAUGGUGGUGGCUUUGGUCGGCGCGGCUUGGUAUAGUAAGGCCGAAUUGGAUGCGAAGCGGGAAAGGGAGAGGAGCCUCGAUUUGAAGAAAUAGGAGGAUUUAUGGGUUUGCGGUAUACAGGUUGGAUGGAGUGUGUGAGAGAGGGAUUUCUAGCUCUUUACUGUAGUAUAUAUGGAAAUGAACUACCAUGAUUGUUAUACUAAGUUCUUGAUGAUUUAUAUGCUAGCAGUAAGCAAGAUCCUCCAACAAAUCGCCCGCCAAAACAUCCAUAGCCGCAGCCCGAGAAUCCUCAAUUCCAAACGACAACCAAAUCUCAUCAUCCACAUGACCAUGAUACGUUCGUCCAUGUUUUUUCCAACUCAUACUCGUCAGAUAAAACAAUUCAGUAUGUCCCUCUGGCAUCACCUUCUCCGGAUGACUCUCAUAUUCUUUCGCAUGCGUCUCCUUGCUCAAUUUCGACCGACCAUGAAUCCAAAAAGGUUUUUGCGAAAUGGCGUAGAGUUCAAACGGGGCAGUUUGGCGAAAGAGGACGAGAUAGGGUUCGUAGACGCUGUGGUAGUCGUAAAAGGUUUUGUGUUGAAUAAUGUGCAUGAUGAAGGUGUUGUCGUCCGAGGGUUGGCAGGCGCCUCGUUUGCACAAGGUGAUGGAUAGGGAGUUUGUGGCUUGGUGAAUACCUUCCAUUUUGGAGAGGGGGACUGGCAUAUAUUUGGCCAUGCAGAAUUUGUCUUUUUUUGCUGCUGCUGGUGCGAGAUCGUUGCUGACUGUGCCAUCUAUGUUGAUUUGGGCGAACGACCGAGCGGGAUAUACGUCGUAGUGGGCAUAGGCUUUUCCAUCACUUGCCCAGAACACGAAGAAGUUUUUCUCAAUGGGGUUGACAGGUGGCGGUCGAUGCAGCUCCGUCGAUUGCUUGAAUAGUUUGUUGCCUACGGAUUCGAUAAUGUGGAAGACGUCAAGCAGUGACCGGGCAUCUUGUAUCCAUAGUCCCAGGCACGUCCAUGUUGACUGUGAGCCGUACAGCACAUAGGGCUUAUCGGGCCCGUAGAACAUCCGAACAUCUCGUGGACCAGUGUAGAAGUUCAAAUACUCCUUUCCGUCGACACAUUUCUCGCUUUUGAUGGAUGGGGCCGGAGUCAUCUGCCGCGGUUCAGAAGAGCACACCAGUACAUCGUUCAAGUUUCCAAGUGAACAAUACAGAGCUUCGGAUGAGCUCAGCCCCGGAUGAGAUGCGACCACGACCCACUCAUCAGCUCGUACCGGAUGCGGGAUGAGAUUCGCAUUAUAGACCCAAAUUCCGUCCAUAUGGAUUGGGUAAAACUUGCGAUUGCGUGUCGUCAAGGAGAACAGCUCGCGAUAGUCGCCACGAUAUGGUAUGGCCGUGGCGUUUUGGUCAUAAAGAUCCUCGUCGGCCUCAUCCAGGCUCUCUUCGGAAUCAUUCUCAUCUUGAUCCUCUCCGUCGGAAUCUGUCCACUCGUCGGUGUCCACAUUCGCGAGCUUGGUGGCCGCGGCUCUGCUGGGCCUGGUGGUGGAUUCGACAACGUCUGCGAGCUCAGCCACCACUUCCUGCUCGUAGAGCCGCACACGAUGCACUCGUGACCGUUUGGUCGUCUGGCCCACUCCAGAGGAUAGCACAGGGCCAGGAUUGACCCAGACCAGAAUUAACAGCAACGAUACAAAAACACACAGCUCGAUCCCGAGAACCGCCCAGGUCUUAUGUCGACGUGGUCCCGCGGUGACUUUCCCCGAGCCAUGGUCUCUCUCGCCGUAAUCAGAGCUUGCCAUGGGCGCGAGGGAUGAGAUUUCCACAAUCAAAAGAGAGACGCUGGAGUAUACCACGCGG